CAUGGAGAACGCCACAGAAACCCACCGAUCAUCAGACGGAGGCAAGAUUAACCCGUGCCCCGAGAGAUCCUGGCGUUCUGCCCGCGACAGGCUCAGCCCGUGCCCGAACCGACCGGCACGUCCCAUCAGCAAAGGGCUCAAACUUCGCCCGGACCGACCAGCUGCAGGACGUCCCAUUGGCAACGGGCUCAACCCGUGCCCAGACCGACCAGCACGUCCCGUCGGUGACAGACUAAACGCGAGCCCGAACCGAUCAUCACGUCCCGUCGGCGACAGGCCCUACCCGUGCCCGGACCGACUGGCACGUCCCCUCGGCGACAGGUCCAACCCAUGCCCGGUCCAACUGGCACGUCCCGUCGGUGACAGAGCCAACCCGUGCCCGGACCGACCAGGACUUCCCGAGAGCAGUAGACCCAAGCCAUGUCUAGACGGUAGCCAGCGUCCAGGGGGCGAUAGGCGUACUGCAUGCCCUGACACAACCGCCGAUACUCCCCUCGGCCCACGUCCAUCUGCCCCCGCCAACUCUUCCGAGGACUGGCCUAGCAUCACACCGUACUGCGUGGCCUACCUACGCCUCCCGCCCAUGGCACAAGACCAGAACGCUACCGUGGUCGACGGCACUUUCCGCGUCCACAUGUACCACACCCUCCCAGAUGAAGAGGAGGUUGAGGCUGAUGAUGCAGGCAACCGGCUUCCUGAAGAUCCGUUGCCAGGUGACAGUUACCAUGACAAUGAUGAUGAAGAAGAAGAAGAAAAGGGUGCGUCCUUACAGGGUUGGCUCCAGGAAAUAUUAUCUGGUCAUUACAACAACCCCGAAUCGCCUGAGCAAGAAUAUUGCCCUAUCGACCCUCCAUGCAUCGAUUCCCAUCCAAAUGGCGAAAUUGGCGCAGCUUGCUCGACGCUUUCGUCUCCGGACGCCGCCUCCUGUACGGACAUGGCCCGUCCUCAGCCUCAGCAACCGACAGACUAUCCUGCAACAACCCGCACCAAGUCACCAGGUACCAGCGGUGAUCCUGGUACAUGUACAGAGACGACCCAUCUGGGACACUCAGAGAAUAAAUCUUCCGACACAACUCGCCCCAAGCCGUUACGCCUACAAGUGGACCAUGCAGCAAAAGCCACCGUGCCAAGGAUGCCUGUAGUUACAACCCGCACCAAGUCACCAGGUACCAGAGGUGACCAAGGUACAGAGAACACCCGUCUUGGACACUCAGAGAAUAACAGUUCCGACACAACUCAUCCCAGGUCGUCACGAUUACAAGUGGACUAUGCAGCAAAAGCCACCGUGCCGAGGAUACCUGUAGUUACAAAGCGGGGAGCAAAGGGAAUGAUCAAACAACAAAGCAACCUCGGGCAUCUCCGCGUCAGUCGAGAUGAUGACAGCCGACAGCAUUCUACUUCAACCUCGGCCUCUGACGUCACCAUUGCUAUGGAGACCAGCGGCGAGAGCGCAGAUUCUGACGACACACAGACCACCGGAGGAGACACACAGGCACACUACGAAAACGUCACGGAGAAAACGGCUCAAAACUGCCUGAUCAGCGGAUGGAAGUCGCUAAACCUCAAAACUUCGACCUUGCUGUUGGUACUAGCCGCUGUCGCUGUGAUUGUGGGACUUGUCGUGAUCCUUACCUACCAAAACGGACCAAUACAUUUUGGGCCCAACCGUCCUGUCUUCGACCCCAACCCGCCCAACUUCGACCUCAACCCGCCAAACUCCGACCCCAACCCGCUCAACUUUCCCGACAUCAGAACAACCCACCAGGCCUGA